AUGGCGCAUAGAUUUGACCAUAGCGGUCUUAUCGUCUUCCUGACCGCUGUUUACGUUUGCUCGUUGCUAUCCUCUCUGUCCCUUGCCAACAGCGCCGACUACGCCAACCAAGACUCCGUACCCCCCACCGACACGUGGAAGGAAUCCAAGCCGUUGCUGCCGCUCUCGGGGCAAGCGCGCAACGCGACCGUCCGAUCCGGCCUCACCGCCUUCUUCCGCGUCCCCAGCACGUGUGACGCCGCAAGCGGCGCCGCAGGAGGCGGAGAAGGGCGAGCAGCAGGGGCAGGGGGAGGGUGGAACACAGGAGGGGUAGGCGGGAGCGGCGGGGACGCGCGGUGGUAUGUGAAUGUGGAGAUAUGGGGGCUGUUCGCGCCGGGAAACGACACGUCCGUGUUCUACCUGCCUAUGCUCAUGCUCAACAGCGCUGGCGAAGUGCCCACCGUGCUGGUUACCAACACGCUGCAAUAUCGCCUGGACGACCACACGAGCAUAGACUACCCAAACUUUAGGUCGGGGCAGCCGUACCAGAUAGUGAGCGUGCUACAGGACGACCUCGUUAAGGACGGCUCCGUUAACGCGACGGAGCUGAUAGUGGGCAUAUUCAGCGACUCAUACAUCGCAGAGGGGCAGGACCUCGGUUUCUCCAUCCGCGCCUUCUGCUCACAGGGCAGGGGGUGCCCGGUCAACUGCAGUGGGCGGGGCGUGUGCGGGCAGGGGGGAGUGUGCCAGUGCCCCAAGGGAUGGGGCGGCACUGCUUGUGCUGAUGUGGUGCAUGACAUCCAGCCGGGUUUGCAAACCCUUGCUCCCGGGCAAUGGGCCUUCUUCCAGAUUCAGGUGACCCAGCCGAACACCAAGCUGCUCAUCCAGAUGGAGCGGGCAGCGGGCGACCUCGUCCUAUUCGCCAAGCGCGCGGAGCAGGGAUUCCUGCCCUUCGGCAUGCCAACCGUCUUCGAUUUCAACGGCUUCGCCGAUAUGGACUCCUUCCGCCAGCGCCUCGACCGCCACCAGAUCGUCUGGAACCGCACUGAACCGGGGAUUGUUCUGGUGGCGGUGCUGAACAACGAUGUGGAUCUGAGGGAGACGGGCGGGUUCCGGCUGGACUAUCGGCUGGCAGCACUGACGGCGGACAGAGGGGGAGGUGGGGGGGCGGAUGGGGGCGCGGAGACGCAGUGCGUUUGCAACCCGGACUCUGCAGGAAGCUUCUGCCAGGGAGGGCUGCAGACAGCGGAGCUGGGCAAGGCAGUGCAGGGCGUGCUGCCUCCGGGGCACUGGACGUAUGUGCAGUUCACUUUUGACCCCUCCACCAACAAGCAGAUCGUCAUCAGCUUCACACGGAAAGGGGGACAAGCCAGUCUAGUAGCGAAGCAAGGCGCAGUGCCCUCCCUGUUAGACAACGACUACCGGUUCACGGUGCGCGUGACCAACGACACUCUGGUGUCGCUGUUUGAUGUGGUCAACUCGUCGCUGGAGGGGCCCUACACCUUCGGCAUCUUCAACCUCAACUACUACGUGCACCAGAGCUGCGAGUUCGAACUUGAGUUCAAGUACAAAGAUUCUCCCAGCUUCUUUGACUCGCCCUACAUAAUCAUAAUCUACGCAGUUCUCGCCUUCCUGCUGCUCGUUCUCAUCGUCAUCGUGCUAAGAUGCGUCAUCCGCCGCCCGCCGCCCGCCACUGCUGACGUGGAGCUCUCCGCCGUCGGUGACAUGGACAGGCACGUGGAGGCGGCGUCAACAGGCGUGGACAGGGCGCUAGUGGAGUCGUUCCCGCUGGUGAAGUAUCGAGACGACCUCUUUGAGUCCUCUGACGACGCACACUGUGCGGUGUGCCUAGCGGACUACGAUGAGGAGGAGAGUCUGAGGAAGCUACCAGUGUGCAGCCACUACUUCCACGUGUCGUGCAUCGGGGAGUGGCUGCGCACACGCUGCUCCUGCCCCCUCUGCCGCCGCUACGUGCUGCUGCAGCCACCGCAGCCGCAGCAGCCUCAUCAAGCAGAACAAGCAGAGCAAGCAUCACAGAGAGAGCAGGCAGGGCAGGUGACGCAGCCCACACAGGCGGAGCAGGACGGCCUGAGCUGCGAGGAGGGUCAGUCAGAGCAGCUGCUGCCAACUCAGUUGGGGCAGCGCAACGAGAGGUGUGCGGAGGCGGGGUCAGAGCAUGGCGAGGAGGGGCGAGUGGCAGAGCAGGGGCAGCAGGGGCAGCAGGGGCAGCAGGGGCAGCAGGGGAUGGCUCAAGUGCUUAUGGAGGGCAGUGAGGUCAUACAGGGUGCUGGCGAGGCCUGUGCUGUGCAAAAUAGUGUGUGUGGGGAAGGUGUAUCGGCAGAGGAGCAACAAGGGGAGACACAGGUGGAUGUGAAACUGCGGAUACAACAGGAGCAGCAGAAGAGGCCGGAGGAGCAGCAUCAACAACGGGUUGAGGCGCAGGAGGAAAGAGAAAGGGACUGGCAGAGGCAUGAAGAGGAGCGACUGAUGAAGCGGGAGGGAGAGGAGCAGUUGAAUCAGGAGGAGUGGAUAGGAGUGAACGUAGAGAGGGUAGAGAAGGCCGAGCAAAGGAGGAUUGGCGACAUGGCAUGGAAGAUCCAGGCAAUGGUGUCGCCCGCCGGCCAGUCGUCGCACAAGGUUCACCACGUCGAUCCGAAGCAGCGAAAGAGCUCUGCGAAGCAGGCUCCUCGUCGCAGUCGCAUGCGAUUCCUCUGCGGCGUCCCCUGCAUGGACGCCGUCGUCGACGACGACUCGUGCGACAACGUGCGACUGGCAACACCAGACACUACCGCGGCGGUCCUCCGCAAGCCCGCGCAAGUGGAAGGAGCUGCGCAGCAGGGGGAAGCAGCCCCUCCCAGGCUGCCGAUCCCCAGGCUCGGCAGCGGAAGCCCCGCGGGCCGGCGCGGGGGCGGCGGCGGAGGGCGAGCUGCGGGCGCUGCUGCGCCUUCCGCCAACGGCGCCGCCGGCGGAAGACACGUCGCAGCUGGUCGCGCAAGCCGCAGCAGGAGUCGCAGCGGAAGCAGCGGAGGGAGCGGGAGUAGCGGGGGCGGAACGGCGGGGGGGCUGGACGAGCGGGUGGGGGAGAGGAGCGAGCGGUGGUUGGGAUCUAACGGCUCUCACGCGGGAAACGCGGCGGACUUGGCGGGGGAAUCGUCAGACGAGGACGACGCGAGCGACAGCGGGAUCAUGUUCGCCGGGGCUAAAGCCGAGCUCGCUGAGCGCAUUUGGCGGCGGCAAGUGCGGGGAGCAAUGAGCAAGGAAGGUGCGGGAAGGGAAGGGGGGGUGGAGGAGGGGACGGGGAAGGAAAAGGAAGCAAGAGACGAGGGGCGGGGGGACGAUGCGCGCGCAGGGGAGCGGGAGCGGCGGGGGGAGGAGGUAGAGAUGAUUCGACUGUUGCAGGAGCGGAAAGAGCGGCAGCAGCAGCGGCAACAGCAGCAACAGCAGCAGCAGCAGCAGAAGCGUCUAGGCCUCUAUCGAGAAACGGGCGGCAUGGGCACAAACAGCGACAGCUCGGCGAAACACUAUAUCGAGGACAUGGCUGGCCGAUUAGCGGAGCAUGAGGAAAGGGGGGACAAGGAUGGGAGGGGUAGGGGGCAUGGAGAUGCGGGGGAUGCGGGAGGCGGGAUGAGAGGCGGGCGGAACUAUUGGCGGGAAGUGGUGCGCCAAGGGGCCUCUGAGCGCGGGGAACACGACGGGGUGGCGCAAGGGGAGGCGCGGAAAGAGGUGGCGGAAUCCGCGCAGAGGAUGGCGGAAGCGCAGGAAAGGGGACAAGCGGGGGGGGCAGCGGAACUGGUGGGAGGGGAUUCAAGGGGGGCGGAGGCGGAGAGUCAUGCCUGCGACAGUGCGAGGGACAGUGAAGAGAGUGCUUUUAGCGAGGAUAGCUGGGGAAGGAGCGGGGAAGAACGCGCGGGGGAAGAACUUGGGGGAGUGUACGCGCGGGGGGAGGGGGAGAGACGGGGGGGUGGCGCAGGAGAGGAAGCGGAAGAAGACUUAGACGCGCUAGAAGAUGAUUCGUCACCCGUUAAGAAGCUGUGGCAAGGGCUAAUGGGUUCAACCGGUGCUGGUGACACGACAGUUGGAAGGAUGGGUUGGCUGGGGGCGGAGAUGGAAGAAGUGGGGGAGGGAGGAGGAGAAUGCGGGGAGGAGAGGGAGAUGGGUUUUGAGGAGAGGGAGAUGGGUUUUGAGGAGUCGCUGGGUGUGUGGAGGGCGAGAGAGGAGGCAUCGUGGCGCGAGAGGGUGGCGGGGUGGGAGGAGCGGAGAGGAGGGGAGGCUUGGGAGGAGGAGGAUGGGGAUGAGGAGGAGGGGGAGGGGGAAGGGGAGGGGGAAGGGUCAGAGCUUGUGAGAGAGGGACGAGAGGUGGAGCAGCGAGAGGAGCAAGGUGAGUCAGUUGAAAGGGGUGGAGUGGUGGAACAGAGCUUGCAGUGGUUGGGUUCGGUUCUACAAGAGGAUGGAGGCGGGGUGGAGAGAAUCAGAGGGGAUGGUAGAGACGGCAGAGACGGCAGAGAGCUGGCAGCACAGCAUGAGCUCACAGCACAGCAUGAGCUCACACCUCAAUACGGGCUGAAACCCCAGCAGGAGCAUUCUCUCACGUCGUCCUAUAGCAUGGCUUCCAAGGCAUCGCUCCAGGAGGCAGGUGCAGGUGCAGCAGCAUCAGGCAGACCAGGGGAAACACCAGGCAAGCUGGUGGUGACACCAGGCGCGGAACCUGCAGGGACAGCGACAGCAAGAGGGAGUGCCCCUGGCAGCAGCGAGCAGGGUGCCGGUCAGAGACAGUACUUGGUCCUGGAGUUGCCUCCGCCUGAUUGCGCCGACUUUGCCACUCAUGCCACCACUGCUCCUGCCACCACUGCCGCCGAUGCUGCUGCGGAUAGUGUCUAUGCUGGCCAUUCUAACGCCGUGCCUCCUGGGAAUGACAUUGGAAGCAACAAUGAAGCAGCUGCCACUGCCCUCGGCUCUAAUCCCGUGCCUAGUGGUCGCACUCUUUUCCCCUUCCCGCCCUACCACCCCUCCUCCUACCUCCCCUCCGCUUACCAUCCCCUCAUGGACCCAUACACUGGACUGCCCUGGGGGAUGGCUCCACCAAUGGGGGGAGCCACCCAGGAGCUUGUGCACGGAGAUUUCGCUGAAGAUGGCGCUGAGCUGGGGCUCUCUGAGCAUGCGGGAGCGGAAACGACGGGCGCGCGCAGUGUCUCCCCCGUCGAGCUUCUCCGCGCAGGCUCGCGCAAAGGAGGGGCGCGGGAGAGAGGGUGGGCCGCGGGGGAGAGAGACGAAGACGAAGACGACGACAACGACGACGACGACGAUGACGAUGACGCUGUCGAUGACGAUAACGAUGACGGCGACUAUUAUGAAGAGGGGGACGAGCAACCUGGGGAAGACGAAAUUGAGCACAGCCCGGUUGAAAGAGUUGAAAUCGCUCGAGACGCCGAUGCAUGCGUUACCCAUGGCUUCAUAGGCUCGUCUACUGCGACUAGUUUUCCAAACAAUCCAACCAGUGGGACCGCGGAAACUCCGGCUGACAUGUCAGAUGCCUCUGACAGUCGUUACCCCUCCGCGCCUCGCCUCCCUCGCGGCGUUUCCAAGGAGACUCUGGUGUCGCUCAUCCGCACGGCGGAGGAAGUCGGCGCGCUGCGCGCGACGGAAUCGAAAGACGCCGCGGCUCUGCUGCUCGCAGCCUUGGAAGACAUCUCCGUGCCGUCCGUCCACCGAGCCAGCAGCCUCGGCAAGAUCUCCUGCAGCUCCGGCUCGGGAGCUGCCGCCGCCGCUGCGGCAUCUGCAGCAGCGGCCGCCGCGGCAGCCGCCGCCGCCGCCACCGCUGUUACGGGGCGUUCGAGAAGACCAGUUUUGGGAAGUGGCAAGGUGGCGUGCUUUCCUGGCGCCGGCAGCUGCGUCGUUCCGCGAUCUCUCUCCGCCGACCUCCUCACCACUCGUUCCCUGGAACUGAGUCACUCGCUGGAGCUCCGUCAAUUCAUGGAAGAACAACGCGUUGUUGUGGGGGAUGGGCUGUUGAUUCUCGACCGUUCGAUGGAGAUGCAGCACAUGGCGGAGAUGGACCCGAUCUCCAUGGAGCAAGGGUAUUCCCCGAAGCUUGGCGGCUUUGACGAGUCAGUUGAGUUCGACAGGUCAACGGCGGUCAACGGCCGGUCAAUGGAGUUCAACCGGACUUUCGAGAUCAAACGGUCCUCCCAGCCGCCCGUUCUUGCCGAACCUAACUCCAAGCCUAAGGCUGCCUCGGCACGAGGCAGCAGCUCAGCUCCGACCCGCCCAGCAGUACCCCGGCAAGAGCCUCUCUCGCCUCUCAUGCUUCCAAGCCACAGGCAUGACUCGUUUGGGCCAUCUCGCCUCUCUCUUGCGCGUGAUUCGCCAGAGGGGAGUGAGGAGGGCGAAGAAACGGAGGAUAUCAGUGUAAGCAGGAGCAACAGCAGCACUGGUGGAGGCAGUUGCGAAGGGAGUAGUGCAAGGUGCAGUGCGGCAGAGGAGCGAGAGGGCGGGAUGCAAAGGGAUGCAGUGCGGUUUGAUUCCGAAGCUGGCAGAGUGGGGAGCGGAGGGGAGAGUCGAAGUGAAGUUGUAACAGAAGUGCAACAGUUCGUUCGCAGCAGCCGGGGUGUCAACACGGCGAGAGGAUCCGCGCCAAGGAUAGCUAUUAACGGGGACAACACCAACCUGUCACUUAACAUGCGUAACAUGAACAGUCCUAACAACUUUAGCAAUCUUAACCGGUCUGCUCCUUUGGACUUCCCAAGUCUCCCCUCCAUGCCUGCCUGGCCAGCUCCGGCCAAGCCUCGAAUGGCCUCGUCCGUCAUUGUCAACGCUCGUCGCCGAACCUUCAGCCGUCCACACUCUCCUGCUCGAGCCUACAGUCCCCGACCCCUUUCCCCCAUAGCCUCCUCCACUCCAACAGGUUCGGGCUUGGGUGGUGCCUCUGGGUGGGCUGCAAGGAGGGGAGUGGACGCUGGGAACAGUGCAGAUAGAGGUGGGGAAGGGAGUGGCAGCACAAUUAUUGACGAAUCAAAUGGCAAGGUUCGAUGCUCUUAUGCGAGCUUGGAAAGAAGCUGGUCUGGAGAUCUGGGCAUGAGGGGUGGAUUCAAUGACAGUGGGGUUAGCUUGAGGGAGAAGGCGUGGGAGGGUGAGCAGGUCGGGGAGGAAGAAGAUGCUUGGGAAAUGAGGCAACAGCACCAGAGCCAGCAGAUCCAGCAACAACCGCAAGACGUUGAUGAGGACUUGUAUUACUACCAUUUGUGGCAGCAGCAGCACAAGCAGUUCCAAAAACUGUAUGAGCAAGAGGAGGAUUGUGGGUUCCAGCAGCGGGAGCAGCAGGUGCAGUACCAGCAACGCCUGCAGCAGGAAGCGUUUAGGGCUAGAGAUGGUGCGAAACGACAUUGGAGGCCUUGA